AUGGGACUGAAGUGCGGGAUGAGGACCACCAAGUGCCAGCUGCUGGUGACCAGCCUCUGUGUCAUGCUGCUGGGGUUGUCCAUUGCCACGCUGAGCACAGUCACCCACUACGGGCUCCAUUUCACCCUCAUGAGUGACAUUUCCCUGGACAAUAACUCCUACAGGGUCAUCCACCAUGCAGUUUUCUACUUUGGGAUCUGCCUCAGCAUGACCCUGAUCCUUGCAGCCCUGCUGAGCUCUGCCGCCACGGUGCGGGAAUCGCAGUGUCUCACCGCCAUGGGGUUUUUCUGUUUUGCUCUGGCCUUCAGUGGAUUGCUCCCAGCUGCCUGCUGGAGGUACACACACAGCACAGAGGUGGAAGACAGCAUGAUGGAUGUGUACGAUCUUGUGUACGAGGAGGUGAGGAGGAACACCUCCAGCAUCAGGAGGUACGAGCUGACUGCCAUCCAUGAAGCAUUCCUGUGCUGUGGGAAGCACUCUCCAUUUGGGGACACGGCCAAUGUUGAGAGCAAGACGUGUCCAUCAGGCCCGGUGCACGAUGUGGGACAGGACUGUCUGCAAGAGAUCCAGGACUUCCUGAAGAAGCACCUGGACUUUGUUUCCACACUCCUGGGCAUCACCAUCGGCUUCACGAUUUAUGGGAUGAUCCUGACUUCAUUCCUCUGGUUCUCCAUCCACUUCAGCAGCAACCUGGACCGUAAAGGCAAAUACAUCCUGCGAGAGAGGUAGAAACCCACUGCCCAGGCAUCCCUAUCAGGUAGAGCCAGCUCUUGGUGCAGGAAGGUGUCUGAAAUCACCCACAAAUCUCCCAGGAAGGGUUUGUGUGGGGUCAGGUGGUGGGAUGUGUAUCACACAUUUUCCCUGCCAGCUGUUGUGCAUUUCCAAGCUGGUCAGAAUGGGUUAUGCCCUGAGGAGGAGCAGUCCCACACCUUC